CGAGGGUGAUCCUUGAGGGUAGAGGGGCUGGAGAAGCGCUCUUUCUGGACUACCGUUUGAUCGUCCGUGGAGCGUACAAGUGGGACCAUGGUGCAGCAAGUAGAGCACAGCGAGACGGAAGGCAGCACGUCCCGGGAAACUACUGACACCGAGGAGAACGACGUGGUGGCCGGCAGCCCCGUGUCGGUGAAACCGGACUGGUGCAAGACGGCCACCGGGCACAUCAAGCGGCCCAUGAACGCUUUCAUGGUGUGGUCCAAAAUAGAGAGGAGGAAGAUCAUGGAGCAGUCCCCGGACAUGCACAACGCGGAGAUCUCCAAAAGGCUGGGGAAACGGUGGAAAAUGCUCAAGGAUAGCGAGAAGAUCCCCUUCAUCAGGGAGGCGGAGAGGCUCCGGCUGAAACACAUGGCUGAUUACCCGGACUACAAGUACCGACCCAAGAAGAAGCCCAAACUCGACAGCUCUUCCAAGUCGAACGUGCCAUCGCCAGAGAAAUCCGGCUCCAAAACUGCCAAGACUGCCGGAAAGAAAUGUCCAAAGUUAAAGAGCGCCAAGGUGGGUCCGCGACCACCUACCGACUUGAAGUACGACUACGGCUUCUCCAACCUGAAGGUAGAAAAGAGCAUUAAAAGGGAGCUCACCGACGAUGAAGAUGACGAGGAAGAAUACGAGGAUGACAUGCCGGUCCGGAUUAAACAGGAGGAGGAGGAGGAGCAGAUGAUGCCAUAUAACGUGGCCAAGGUGCCUGCGAGCCCGACCCUGAGCUCCUCGGCGGAGUCUGAGGGCGCCAGCAUGUAUGAAGAAGUGAGGAACUCAGCAUCCACCAGACUCUUCUACAACUUCAAGAACAUCACCAAGCAGGGCACGUCGUGCUCCUCCGCGGCUUCACCAGCUUCCUCAUCCAGGUCGGUGUCUACCUCCUCGAGCGCCGCUGAAGAUGCGGACGACUUGCUGGUGGACUUCAGCUUGAACUUCGCGUCCAGCGCUCCAGGAUCGGAGCUGGGGAACUCGAGCGCGGGGAACCUGUCGCUUUCCUUCGUGGAUAAGGAUUUGGACUCGUUCAGCGAAGGCAGCUUGGGCUCCCACUUUGAAUUCCCAGACUAUUGUACCCCGGAGCUCAGCGAGAUGAUUGCUGGAGACUGGCUGGAGGCGAACUUCUCAGAUCUGGUGUUCACAUACUAAAAUGUCCAGACUGUUAAUAAUAGCAGUGAAGAAUUAAACUGAUAUGCCCUGUCUUAGUUGCUCCCAGCCCGUCUGCCUGGGGUCUGUGUUGGGUAGGCGAUGGAGAUACGAUGAUGCUUGAGGAACUGGAGAUGCAGAAGAUGGGUGGUACUGUGGAAAUCUGCUGAGGUGUUGAUGAUCCGGCGGCUUGGCGAGGAGGUUUCGUGGAUUUUUUUUUUUUUUUUUUUCUUUUUCUGAGGGUCGACAGUCCAGAACUGUUUAAUUCCACUGGACCACAAGAGGAAAAUCCGAGCCUCUAUGCAUCUUAACCCCCCUCUUGUUGUAACUGCAGGGAGCUGGAGCACAUGAUAAGACUAUCGAUCUGUCGACUGGCGCCGUUCAGGAUGUAGCGAACUUUAUAUAUAAAUAGCGGUUUUAUGUGAUUUCUAUAUGCCACAAACUUUUUUUUGGUAACUGGUUCUGUUUACCUCCUGGUUUGAAAAUAAAGCAGGCUAAACCGAUAUAUAAAUACAGGUAUGGGGGGAGGGAGAAACAUUUUGAUACAUAACAUACCUCAUCUUUUUAAAAGAAAGUGAAAUAUUUUCAGGCAUAUUUUUGUACAGUUUAAAGGGAAUGUUCUUACUGUGCUUUCAGUGAGCUUUCAGGCACUUCUACCCUGUUUUUUUUUUCUUUUUAGCAUGCAAG